AUGCAAUAGCUACAAUCUCGGAUUAGAGCAUCAUCAGUUUAAGAACAAGGGGAACAGAGAGCCAAAUUACCAAAUAUAUUGACACCUACAUUUGCAGAUUGGAAAAUUAUUAGUGAUGCUAGGGCUCAUCCUUAGAUUAGCAGGAGGAAUCCUCUCUUUAAAUUUGGUUUAAUUCCACCAAAAAAGGCAGCUACUCCCUCAUCAUUUGGCAACCAAAAUCCUUAAGAUUUUAGAGGUCUCAAAUCUGAGGAGAAAAGUCAAAGAAUGAAAGAAAUAAUUGUUGAAGAUAGAGUUAGCACAACAGAAACAAAUAAUCUUUUAUAAUUUAAGUCAGAUAAAAGAUAUUUUCAAUUGCGAAAUCUAUCUGUAAGCGGACCCAAACAAAAGAAUCAAUUAUUACUUGAAUGCAAAUAGUUAUUCGACAAUCAAAAAAAAGCUUUUGAAGAAAUAAUGAAUAAAAACAAUUUAUAUAAUAAAUAUUCUAGAGUAAUAGAUAAGGAAUAAUCCAUAACAAAUUAGAAAAUAAUGUAAAUUUUUAACUUUUAUAAAUGA